CUCUCACGGCUCCCGCACGGCUCGGAGCUCUAAGCGGCCGAGACCAGGGGUGGGGGAGUGGUGCCGCACUCGGGGGGCUGCGGGGGACUGUAGUUAGCUGUAGUUCAGCCGGCCCGCCGAACGUUCUGGAAGCGGCACAGCCGCCCGUCGCGUGCCCGAGCGGUUGCGGCAAGUGCGGCGCCAUGGGGCUGUUGGUGGUGGCGGUGGCGGCGGCGGCACUGGGCGCGGCGGUCGGGCAGGUCCCCGCCUUGCCGCCCAUCUCUGAUAAGGCUUUCAUCGGGGAGUGCGUGCGCACACACAACGCGUACCGCAGGAAUGUGGAGCCCACCGCCAGCAACAUGCGGUACAUGACUUGGGAUGCAGCUUUGGCAAGGACUGCCAGGGCAUGGGCAAAUAAAUGCAUUUUUGAUCAUAACAUGUAUUUAAACGUGAGAUAUCAUGGCCAUCCUCAUUUUAUGAGUGUUGGAGAGAAUAUAUGGAUUGGAAGUCAUCAAAUAUUUCAUGUUCAAUAUGCCAUUAAAGCGUGGCAUGAUGAAGUCAGAAACUACAAUUACUCACUGCAGAAAUGUAGUAAAGUCUGCAGUCAUUACACUCAGAUCGUUUGGGAUGAUACAUAUAAACUAGGCUGUGCUGUUGCUUUCUGUAAAGAAGUUGGAGGAAUAAGAAACGCAGCAAAUUUUGUUUGCAACUAUGCACCACCUGGUAAUUUUCGAAGAAGACCAUAUAAAGAAGGAGCACCAUGCAGUGAAUGUGCCAGGAGGGACUUCUGUGAUAGGAAACUGUGUAGAAAUGAAGAACGUGAUAAAAUUGUUUAUUACUCACGAUGGUAUCCACCUUGGGAGUUCAGAAUUAUCUGUGAUGAAGCCUGCAUUGCUGUUAUAAUUUCGAGAACAUUGCUGAUGUUUGUUGGUUUUCUAGCUAUUUAUUUGUUCAGAAGGCACUUUAUAAACAUGUUUGUGUUCACAUAACUUGAUUUGAAAUACAUUCAAUAUUCUGAACGUAAUCUCUAAUGUUUUAAGCAAAAAUCUAUAUUAAUAUGAUUUUAAAAUCAGCUUUCUUUUACUGUAGUUUUGUUACUAUUUUAUGCUCCUUACAGAAAACUUAACAUGCUAUAAAAAUAAAAAAAUUAUUUGUAGGUAAGACCCAUGUUGAGAAAUUAGUAAACUAAGGAUGGCAUUUGAUGUUCAGAAGCAUUGUUUUUAAUUGCCAAAUUUAUUGAACUCUGUUUAUUUACCAGAUUUACACACUGUAUUCUUGGAAUUCAAGGAGAAAAAUGCCUAUCAGUUUAAAAAUUUGUUACAGUUCAUGCUAAGCCAAUAUUUGAUGUGACAAAUGCUUAGUUUAGUGCCAAGAGGAAGCUAGCAUCAGAUUACGUACAAAGUCCUUUUUGCUAGAGCGACUGAAUGUUCUGAGUAAAAUCUGUGAAGACAUUUCUUUAGAAAGGCAUUUCUGCAGAAGUAUUGAUUCUUCAGAAGUACAUGAAGCAGGACAACUUGGUAUUUAUUCAGUUGUGCAUUUAUUGCUCCUUAUUCAAAAUAAGAUUGUUCAGAUUAUUACUUUGUUCCCAAUUUCCUCUAAACCUUGUGUUUCAUUUCUGAACUUUUGCUGUUCUGUUCUUUACACUGCACUGUUACUGAUAGAAUAUUUACUGUCCUGUAAGCGUUCUGUAGUUCUACUAAUAAAUGUUCUUGUUUUUUAAACCUACUGAAGCCUUUGUAUUCAACACUGAUUUCACUCUUCUAUAUCCAACAGAUCAGAUCUUUAAUUAUUUCACUUUCUUUAAAAAACAAGUGUUAUUUAUACAAUAGUCUGAAGCUUCUUUUGUUCUUUUGUAUAGUAAAAGUAGAUUUUCCUAAUUGUGUCACUGUCUUGUCUAGUAAAAACUAAUAUAGCUGCUUUAAAGUUCAUUAUUAUUAGGUAAUAUUUCACCUUUAUUGUAAAACAGGCUGAAGAAAUCCAGACUGAAAAACUGCUAUUUUCUGAACUUAAUCUGAGCUUCAGGAA